CAAGCCGGUUCUUCGCGGGGGCGCGCGCGUCCGCGGCUCGCUCCCCGGGGGCCAGUUGGCGGCGGGAGCGGGCGCCUGGGUCGUGGUUCUUAGAGCAGCCCGGGUGUUAGGCCGACGCCUCUGUUGGCGGAGACCCUCACGAAGGACCGCGUGGCUCAGCCGCGGGAGAGGCAGGGCCCGCUGCCGUCGGACAGAGCCUCAGGGCUCCCACAUUCUGGCCUGAGAGGAAGAAGAGGAAGAGAGUUCCAUUUGCCAGAGGGCUGAAGGUGGCCCAAGGGCCAGGUUCUCACUCCCAGGAUGCCCCUGCCUGAGCCCAGUGAGCAGGAGGGUGAGAGUGUGAAAGCUGGCCAAGAGCCGUCUGUUGGAGCCAGGAAGCCUCAAGAAUCCUCCAGUCUGGUUCUGGCCAGGGGUAAAGGAGGACCCAAGCCGACAGGUGGCAAGUCCCUGGAGAAGUCUGGCCCUGCCGCUCUACCCAGCAACACCGUUCAGACCUCGACCUCGACGGCCAAGAAGCAGGGACGGAUAAUUCACCGGAAACGUAGUAGAGUAGAUGCAGCUGACCCACAGCCCCUGGAGUUCCUGAAGACCCCAUAUGGCGGUCGCCUUCUAGUGCACAAGUCAUUCCUGUACAAGCAAGAGAAGGCUGUGGGAGACAAGGUGUACUGGAAAUGCCGCCUGCACUCAGACCGAGGCUGCCGGGGACGGGCCAUCACCCGUGGCUUUCGAGUCACAGUGAUGCGGGACCACUGUCACCCACCUGAUAAGGGGAGCCUGGGGGGCCGGCGCAGGAAGGAGAAGGUGCCCGCCUCAGACCUGCCUGAGGGCUCUAAAGGCCAAGAGGAUGGUGUGAGCCUAUGGCUAUACCCUGUGGAGCCAGAGCCCACACCUCAGCAAAGCACUGAGACCCCGGAGGAGGACCAGGGGUACCGAUCGCUGGCACUGCAGAGCCUACCUCCCAAGAAACGCCCCACACCAGGAGUGGUACGGUAUCAGCCCCUCGAGUUCCUGAAGACGUGCUAUGGGGGCACCUUCCUGGUCCACCAGUCCUUCCUCUACAAGCGGGAGAAGACCGUGGGGAGCAAGGUGUACUGGACCUGUCGGGAGCAUGCCGUCCAUGGCUGCCGCAGCCGGGCCAUCACACAGGGCCAGCGGGUGACAGUCAUGCGCAGCCACUGCCACCCGCCUGACAUGGAGGGCCUACAGGCCCGGCGACAGCAGGAGAAGACCAUAAAGAAGAUCCAGGCGAGGCGGAUUGGCGCUGGGGACUUGGAGGACUGUGACGACAUUGAGGACUCGCUGCUCCAGGGGGUGGACAGCCUGUUCUACCGCAGGGGACAGGGCACACUGACUCUCAGUAGGUCCAGGUCCAGAAAACAGGCAAAGGAGCACCAGGAAUCCUUGCAGGAAUCCCCUGAGGAGGACCAGGAUGUGGACCCCAGAGGCCCGGAGUUCCUGAGAACCCCCCUGGGGGGCAGCUUCCUGGUGUACGAGUCCUUCCUCUACAGGCGGGAGAAAGCAGCUGGUGAGAAGGUGUACUGGACCUGCCGAGACCAGGCGCGCAUGGGGUGCCGCAGCCGAGCCAUCACUCAGGGCAGGCAGGUGACCGUGAUGCGAGGUCACUGCCAUCCACCUGACCUGUUAGGCCUGGAGACCCUGAGGCAGCGGGAGAAACGCCCCGGCCACACUCAGUGGGAUGGCCCAGAAGGCCCAGAGUUCCUGAAGACCCCCCUGGGGGGCAGCUUCCUGGUGUACGAGUCCUUCCUCUACAGGCGGGAGAAAGCGACUGGUGAUAAGGUGUACUGGACCUGCCGCGACCAGGCGCGCAUGGGCUGCCGAAGCCGAGCCAUCACACAGGGUCAGCGCGUGAUGGUCAUGCGCAGGCAUUGCCACCCACCCGACAUGGGUGGCCUGGAAGCCCUGCGCCAACGGGAGAACUUCCCUAACCUGACCCACUGGGAGGGUCCAGAGCCCGUGCAGCCACUGGAGUUCCUGCGGACAUCCCUUGGAGGCCGCUUCCUGGUGUACGAGUCCUUCCUGUACAGGAAGGAGAAGGCUGCUGGUGAGAAGGUGUACUGGAUGUGCCGCGACCAGGCUCGGCUGGGCUGCCGCAGCCGCGCCAUCACCCAGGGCCGGCGAGUCAUGGUGAUGCGAAGCCACUGCCAUCCGCCUGACCUGGCUGGCCUGGAGGCCCUGCGGCAGCGGGAGAAAGGCCUCAGUGCAGCCAAGAAGAAGAAGAAGAAGGGAAAAUCAAAGAGCUAAAACGAACCGCAGUCCUAACGAGGUGAGUCUUCUCUGAGGCAGCAGAGGAGCAGCUGACACCCCACAUGCUUCCCGCCCAUGCAGGCAUUUCCCAGCCACUCAGAUGCGCUUGACAACUCCUUUCACUCUUCCAAAGCAUCGACGACUUCACACUUCCUCAGGAGGUCUCCCAGGAGGAGUGCUUGGACCUUGGGGUGGUAUCUUCUGUUGGCAGAGUAGUGCCAAGACCUGUGCCAUGCUGCUGUCACCUCUGUGACCUUAGACAGCUGUGGAGAAGUAUGUCUGGACUGAUAUACCUCAACCCCACCCUGCUGUCCAGGCCCCAGCACCGUCUGCUCUCAGAGCAUGCAGCCCUGCAAGGAGCUUUCCAGUGGAGUGUGGCCCUUGAUGAGCUCCAUGAAGUUCAGCAAAAUGAGGUCGUCCUGAGCCAGGACAUGUACGGGAACUUCUCGCCACCCUCUGAAGAUGGUGCGAGUCACAGCCAGGGGUAUUUUUGGUUUUUUGUUUUGGUUUCAUCUUUAGGGAUGUGCUGGGGCCUUCCUGGUCUUUGGUCACUUGCUGCUUGCUAGAACACAGCCAGCCCCAACGUGACAGAGCAGGCCAGAGCAAAGGCUGUACUGUACCUUCUGUCGGAGUUUGCAUCUCACAUCCUUUCCCAGCUUACAUCAAACCUAUGUCCACAGUUCUUGAAGCAGCUGACAUUUCUAGCAGGGGGAGCCAGCCCAGAUGUCCGGAGGUGACAUCAGGUAGGGGUGCUCUGGUGGCAGCUGUACCACUGGGGAUUACCCACUUGGUGUCACGUGAUGCGCAGGAGAGUUGGGGGCAUCAAAGCACACCUCCUGUAGAAGAGCCUAGCAGAACUAAGUGAGCUAGAAGUGGCACCCUGUCAUCCCUGGGGUCUGCAAACUUCCUGCGUGCCACACCCUGUCCUAGAGCCGCAUGCUCCUCUCCCCUAGCAAGCCAUGGAGCAGCCACCCCUGUGGGAUGGUGAUGGCCUGGUGCCUGCCACUGGCUUCUGCUCAUCUGCUUCCCUCAAUAAACCCGAUGUAGCCUCCUGG